CUCCACAGACGGAGCUGUGCCAUCUGGGCAUGGGGUCCUGCCGUCACCACCAUCACCCCUCAGGCUGGCAGGAGGAGCUGGGAAACGGGUAAAGCAAGAGCAAAGACAGCUGGCGUCUGCAAGUUAACAUGGAGAUAAACAGUGCUCUAAGAGUGUUUUGGAAACAAAGGAAGUGGAAUUUAAGGAAAUCAAUAUUUGAUUCAGAUGUGAAUCUUUCACUCAGGAAAAGGUCUUCUAAAAAGAAAAAAGCCAAAUUCUCAAAAAAGAAUAAAGAUGCCGAGGAGCAAUCGGCCUCCGACCACGUGAUCACAUUCCCCUGCUCCACAUGCAAGCAGGAAAUUGACAUACGGGGUGCUUUUGGUCAUAAAAAGCAACACGUGGCGCUGGCGACUUUGGGUUUCCAGUGGCUGGGUGGAAAGAUGCCGUGGUUCCUCGCGAUUGCUAGUCACAGACAGUUUAUAAUUUCUAAAGUGAUGUCCUCUUUCAUAUUCAGUGAGAAAAUCCUACAGAUAAUCAACGAUGCUUUUGAGCUACUCAGGAAGAAACAAAUCCCAGGAUACUAUAAGAUUUUGGAUAGCACAGACAGGAGCUCCACAACCUCUCACAAAGUCUGCCAUCUGUUAAUUAAAGGAGUAGCUAUCUGUGAAGACAUGAAUUCUACAUGGAGGCAUGACAUGAAUGACAAAUUCACUGUACUGAAUCAUUUUGGCAAUAAGCCCAAUGUGUGCUUUUUUGGGUUGUUUGAUGGAUGUCAUGGUGCUGCAGCAGCAGACUUGGCAGCAACCGAGCUCCCAGUUUUGUUUCUCCAUCAGCUGUCCAACUUUGAUCCAUCCUACCAGAUGACGCAAGAGCAACAAAAAAUGAUCCAUUCCUUUCAUACCGUGUUCAGGAAAGAAUACACAGCCCUUGAAGAUCUCUUCUCUUCCACUCACAAAAGGACGAGAGGGCUGAAGAACGACUAUGAGAACAUACACAAAGCCUUUGCAAAAGCAUUUUGGAGAAUGGAUAGACUGUUACGUCUCGGCAGGAAUGAGGUGUCCAGGGUUCGAUGGAGCGGCUGUUCUGCCGUGACCUGUGUACUGGAGGGCAGCAUUAAGAAUCCUCACGUGCAAAGGAGUUGGAAAGGAAGCAGUAACCAUGAUGAGCCGGCUGACAGCUCCUCUUCUCCGACGAUGCCACAGCUAGUUUCUGGAGUGUUACACAUUGCCAACACUGGCAAUGUGCAAGCAGUCUUGUGCAGAAAUGGAAAAGGUUUUUGUCUGACCAAAGAACACACUACACGAAACACAAAUGAAAGAAAUAGAGUUCUUCAGAAUGGAGCAGUAAUCACUUCAAAUGAACCAUACGGGCUCCUAGAAGGAGAAAUAGAAAUCACUCGAGGACUUGGAUUUCACGGAAAUCUCAGACUGAAAAAAUUUUUUAUCCCAGCACCUCAAACUAUUUCUGUCCCUGUGGAUGAUUUGUGUCAAUUCCUUAUCUUAGCUACUAAUGGACUUUGGGAAGUUUUGGAUAAGAAGGAAGUCAUUGCACUGACAAUAACAGAAUUCCAGAUGUAUAAGGACACACACGAUUCCACCAUGCAAAACAAAUGUCAACCACCCAUAAAGUCUCUGCUUUUUCCAGUCAGCGCACCCAGCACCACCGCAUCGGAAGGCCACAUCCAUGUGUUGUUUGAGUGUAAGCUGGAAACUAACGAACGUGUGUCAACCACAGAUUCAAAUGAUUUGUCCAGUUUCAAACAUUCAGAAUAUCCCAAACAUAAUUACGAAAAUGGGGAAACGUUUCCACCAGAAAAGACUAAUCCUGAAGCUGACAGAGAGGGAGAAGCGGAAAGCUGUACAGAUGGUGGUCAUGACAGUGACAAGCAACCAGGCACCGGGAGCUUCUACGACAGCGCAGCCGAGCACGUCAGCCGAAAGCUUGUCCGCGCCGCUCUAAGCGCUGGCUCCAGGGACAACAUCACCGUUAUGGUAGUAUUUCUCAAUGGAAUUAGUGACGACUUCCUACAUAAAGCAGCUCCAAUGAUCCAGAAUAGCACAGUAUGCCAGACAAGGAUUCAGUGA